AUGUAUUUAAUUUAAAAAAGGAAAGUUUAAUUCAAUUACUUUAAACAUUUAUUGACAAAAGAAAAUUGCUCUCUUUAUUAAAUUAUUAGUGUUGAAUAUAGAUUAAGAUAUUUAAUAAUUUUUUCGGAUAUUUAAUUUCUAAACAUUAUUUAUUCUAAAGUGAUUUUUACCCACAAGAAGAUUAAUUUGUUUGAUAACAUUAGAUAAUGUACAAUUUCAUUUCGUGCUUAUAAUCUUAUUUAUAAAAUAAGGAAUAACAAAAAAGUAAGAAAGAUGUAAACUUACAAAUAUUUCCUAUUCUUUUUAAGCAUAAACUAUUCAAUAAUUUAAAGAGUACUUGCUCAAGUUUACUAUAACUAUCAUGAUUUAGGUAGCAAUUUAAAAGAAUUAAGUCCUUUAUUAAUCAGUGAAAAUAUAUCUAAAUAAACCCAUUCAAUCAAAGUAGAAUCAGAAGGUUUGAAAAGUCUUAUAGGGGCUAGCUGCCAAGCUAUAUUUGAACUUAGUAUCUCCUCACCUAGGAAUAUAUCUUUUAUAAUUUAAGAUUAAUCUUAGAGAAUUUUACACUUAACUCUAAGUUAGUCAAUAUAUAACUUCACUAUAUAGCAAAUAGUUGACUAAUCUUACUUAAUUUACACUAUAUUUUCUUAUGGAAAUGAAGAAAACGUUUGGAACCUAUUUAAAAUUAAAGGAUUAAGGUUAUUCAUAAAUAUAAAUAAUUAUUAGCUAAAAUAAAAUAUUUCUUAUCAAAAUAUUAACUCUUCAUUUCUAAGACUACUAUUAACAUGUAAUGAAUAAUAAUUCUUUCAUCCUAUUUAUUAGCGCUGUGAAAAUUGCCACCCUAAUUGCAAAGGUUGCACAGAAUAUAAGAAGUGCAAAGAUUGUUAAAAAGCACCUGGUAAAAAUGAGAGGUAGGACUAACUUGCAGAUGGGUUUUGUGAUCCUUGUCCAUCAGGAUAAACUUGGAGACCUAAUAAUAUAUGUAAUGGUUGUUCAGAUACAUGCAAUUGUGAUAAUAAAAAAUAAUGCAUUUCCUGUAAAGAUAGUAGUAAAAAUUAGCUUAAUGUCGAAAGAAACACAUGCGAACCAUGUUAGUUAGACUAAAGAUAUUAUAUUGAAGGAUAAUUUUGCAAAAGAUGUAAUAUUAUUUGUAAGACAUGCAAAGGACCAUCUGAUAGUGAUUGUUUAUAGUGUAUUGACGGAGCUAAAAAAUAUGAAGAUGGAAGUUGCAAAUAUAACAAUUAAAAUCCUAAUGAUUGUGUUUCUCCUUACAAAUAAGAUAAAUCUUAAAAUUGUGUUUUAUGUAAUUAAGAUGGCUAGUAUGCUAAAGAUAAAAAUUGUGUUGAAUGUUAAGCUGAUUUAAAAUGUUAAAAGUGUUCACCUGAGACAUAAUGUACUUAAUGCUCUUAGGGAUAUUUCUUAAAAGGAAACGUAUGUCAGUAAUGCCCACCUUAGAUGAACUGCUUAACUUGCAUAAAUGAAAACUCAUGCGAAUCUUGUGAACCAGGUAAAUUUAUUUAAAAGGAUGGAAAAUGCGAUAAAUGUGAAUAAGGAUAUUACAUAGAAAGUAAAUAUUGUAGAUAAUGUAAAAUUGGAUGUAGUAGCUGUACAUCAUACUUUAAAUGUGAUUAAUGCAUGCCAUAGUUUUAUAAAUUAAAAACGGGAUGA